CAGUGAACUGUUGGUGUAAAACACUGUGACAAUUUGAUUAAACAAUUACUGAUUAUACAAAUAAAAAUUAAGAAAAUGUGAUUACAGCCUAAUAUUUGCAGUCUUUCCCACGAGUCAGUCACACACGACGCUGUAAUGAUGUCUCUUUUAUAGUCCUCCUUUACUUCUUCCUUACUACAGAGCAAAAACCCUUCAAAUCAUUCAGUCACCAAAUCUCCGUUCUGUUUUCUUGUCUCUCUGCUUUAGUCUUCUUCUGCGUUUGCGUUCAUCUGUUCGUGUCGUCGCCAAAGCCAGUUUCCAGUUCAUUCACAGUCAAGCACCUGUGGUCCCGAGCUCAGGUUUAGAGCAGCAUUUGCAUACAUACAAGCUGUUUUGGUGACAAAUUGGACAGACUCUGAGAUGGGUUCUGGGAAUUUGAUUAAGGCUAUAAUUAGAUUGAAGAGGGGUAAACAAAGGAGCAUCAAGAACGAUAAGGGAUUUGUUAAACCUAAAGCUUCCAAGAAGAAGGGUACUCUUUCUUCAUCACUUACUCGUACCGAGGAUUGGGCUGCAACUCGGAUUCAGACUGCUUUUAAAGCUUAUAAGGCUAGAAAAAUCUUGCGGCGUCUAAAGGGAAUUGCAAGAGCAAAGUUAUCAACUGAGAAGCACUCUGUCAAGAACCAAGCGGUGGUCACCUUAAGGUAUCUUCACUCAUGGAGUAAAAUACAGUCAGAGAUAAAGGCUCGCCGAGUUUGCAUGGUUACCGAAUGGCGACUGAAGAAUAAGAGAUUAGAGCAUCAACAGAAGCUUGAGGCAAAACUUCAUGAUGUUGAGGUUGAAUGGAAUGGUGGGUCAGAGACAAAAGAUGAAAUCUUGGAGAGGAUACUUCAAAGGGAAGAAGCGACCAUCAAGCGGGAAAGGGCUUUGGCAUAUGCCUUCUCUCAUCAGUGGAAAGCCGAUGGUAAGACUCAAUGGCUGGGGAGUUAUGAGCUAGGCAACACUAAUUGGGGUUGGAGCUGGAAAGAGCGUUGGAUUUCUGCUCGGCCUUGGGAAGUAAGAUAUUCAGUGACACCUAAGAAACCAAAGAGCUUAAAGACAUUAUGCAAAAGUGAGACAAACUCAAAUUCACCAGCAAAGAGAGUAAUGUCAUUAUCAUCAGUUCCAGCCAAAGCUCCAUCCUCAGGAGCUAGAAACGCAGUGAAACCACGGAGAUUGUCGUUUCCCGGUGCGUGAAGCGAAGUUAACUUUGUCUGCGUCUAAAGAGUAUACACGUACACUUGAAGAUUGAGGGUAUAUUUAUUUGGUCUAUGUUCUGUCUCUGGUGUGAUGUAAAUACAUGUAUUUGUUAUGUAGACUACAAUGGUUGUUCUUGUUUGUUUAAUACAUGCAUUUGUUUGUCUCUCA